GGCCAUCAUCCACAAGAUGGCCCUGCAGGGCCAUCUUGUGGAGCUUCGUGCAGAGAGGGCCAUGGUCGCCGUGUGCAGCUUCGUGCUCAUCAGCCUGAGCAGCGGUGCCACCCGCCGCCUCGUCCCGGCCGUGAAUCCGAUCGGACCUCUGAGGCUCGUCAUAUGUACCCCAGGUGGCGACGUGCACGAUGAGGGCUUCCCGGGCCCGACCGUCGACAUCGCCGCGGCCCGCCUCUGUCCUGACCGCGGUCGGCCUCCUGGCAUCACGGCGGCGGUCAGUUACCGCUGCAGGCGGGCCCCGACAGCUGUGAAGGAGGUCGCCUUCGACACGGCGGACGAGGCCUUCGCGGCGGCGGCGCUCGCGUCCGAGGCGGCCGCUGCCGGGCAGGCCUUCGCAGCCCCGGCUGCCGGGUGCCAGGUGCCCCUCGCCGCGGGAGGCGGCCCCACGGGCUUGCCCGUGGCCGCUGGUGCCGCGCCCGGCGCCCAGAUCGUGGCUGCGGUCGGAUCGGCGCCGCCGGCGCCCGCGGCGGGGGUCGCCGGCGCGGCCACCGCCCAGUGGGUCAAGACCGAGAGCAUGGCUUUCGCCAACUGUGGUGACCCAGUCUCGCUCCCGGCGAACACCAUCGUGCGCGGCGAGUCCGCCAUCAUGCAGGCGCCCGACAGAUUCAGCAUCGUGCUCGAGGACGUUCAGUCCUUGGACACAGCGGUGUACGCCGCCCUGGAGGCGUUGCGGGACCCGCGCUACGUGGACGGCUCGGCCUACAUUGUGGCCCGACCUCGCUGUCGCUGGAGCGACGUGUGCAAGGAGCUCGUGAAGGCCGCCUACGUCUUGUGGACGGUUCCCGGGCCUCGCGUGGUGAAGUGGUGUGCGGAGUUGCUCGACCUGUGUUCGUCUGCGCCCGUGGUGCACCACCCGCAAUUCAUGAGCGUGUUCGGGCUGAAGCCGGACUCAUUGGGGGAGGAGCUCCACGGCACUGCUCUGCACGUGCUGGGGGAGGCUCAGCUCUCGGAGUAUGUCAACUGGAUGGACUCCAUGGGGGCCGCCGAGAAUGUCGGGAGGGACAAGACUCCCCGCGCCUCGACGGUCACGUUCGUCGGCCUCAUGGAUGAGGUGGCCAUCUUCUCCGGUUUCAACAAGAACACAGGCUCGGCCGCGGCGUGUCCAGCGCCCCUGGAUCAUGUGACUCGCGAGGCGUACAAG